AUGGAUGUUCCCGUCUUUUGUGUUCCGCGAAUCCUUCUCUUACGCAUCCUCCUUCAACUAUUUGUUAUACCUCCCCAUCUGACCGAAGAAAGGAUUGGACAAAAACAAGUCAAUUUUUAUGGAGUUCUUAUGGAUGUCCUGCAGGAAUGUGGGCAUUUGCCAGACAUCAACAAGUUUCUUUACACAUGUCUGCAUAGAACAUUUCUUCAAGCAGAAGAGCCUAUUGUAAACUGGGGCUGGCAUGCUGCUAGAGUAAAAGAUGAAUCAGACUGGAACGAUAUUGACUGGAAAAAACAAAAUGACCAAGAACCUGCAGCUCUUCAUUUCGAGAUUAUGACGAGUAGCGCUAGAUCUUUGAUCGAUCUCGAACUAGCGAGCCCAGCGUUUAAAGUAGAAAAUGACCCUCGAUUUUCGAUCCAGGACAGCCAGGGAAAACAAAUACCUCUGGACUCUGUCUUGGUUGGAACGCUUCAAUAUUUACAAAAAAAUGUAUCACCAGAGGAACGACAAGGAACGGAACACUUGGUUGAAUUGAGAUUGGAACAGUUUUCGAGAGAUCGGUAUGAGUUACAACGGUUCCCGGCUACUCAUUUUGUCCUGAUCGGAGCAUUGAUGAAACAAACGACAACUAUAAUGGGUACAUCCGAUAAAUGGUGUGUGUAUAUGAGAGACUUUAUUGAAGAUAAUGCGGGCACCAAUUGGCGCGUUCUCGAAGAGACUUCGUUAGAAUCUGAUAAUCAAAAGAUUUCUACCGUGCAGGCAUGGGCAGAUAUUCGAGGAGCGUCCAUUAUUACAGAUAAUGGAAGGACUGUAGAACCUUCUGUGUUUGGUCAGACCUAUCGACCAGUUUAUUUGUUUUAUUGCAAUCAAAAGGUGCUUUUGUCCAAUGCAUCUGGUCCACCAUUAAAACAAGAUGGCGUAAUUACCAUGGCCGACUACAGUUUUGAAGAGGAGCAAUACCCAGAACCAUUAGAAUCUGAUAAAGAACAAGAUCUGUGCAAGACCUGCUUUAUUGCUGAGCAUGCACCUGGAAACGACAUAUAUUUCUGUGAUGGCUGUGAUGGCUGUGUUCAUCAAUUAUGCGAGGAUCCACCAAUCGAAGACUUUGAGAAUAAGAUUGAUCCAUGGUACUGUCGAGCCUGUUUGAAAGAAAGAAAUCUACCCCUCCCACGUCCUCCACCGGAUCACAUUCCACAAAAAAGGAAGUUUGAAGGUCCAUAG